AUGCAAAUCGAGUUGGAGGAAAGAAGUGUCCGCGACCGCGCCGCCGUCUCUUUCCGCGGGCUAGCGGCGCGCGAGUGGCGGUUUCUGAACGAUUACUGCGGCGCGAGUCAGUCGGUGCCGCGACGCGCGCGGAGACGGACAUGCCGCGGUGACCGCGCUCCACUCACGCGCACUCGGCGGGAACAUUCCCGCCCACAACUCGACAAAAUAUUUUCGGACGCUAACAAGCUGGGUAGCGGCGGAGGCGGCGGUCGCAGCCUGUUCUGCUACCACUGCCCGCCCAGCCUGCCACCUCACCAGCAUCGCCUGCCUACCCUCGAAUACCCCUUCACGGCCUCGCAUCCUUACACAAGCUACUCGUAUCACCCGGCGAUACACGAUGAUACUUUCGUCCGUCGGAAACAGAGGCGAAACCGCACCACCUUUACUUUGCAACAGUUGGAAGAACUGGAGACGGCGUUUGCGCAGACGCACUACCCAGACGUGUUCACCAGGGAGGACCUGGCGCUCAAGAUCAACCUCACUGAGGCCCGAGUACAGGUGUGGUUUCAAAACCGGCGAGCGAAAUGGCGGAAAGCGGAGAGGUUAAAAGAGGAGCAGCGGAAACGGGAGGGGGCUGAGGUAAUGACAAAGAGGGAUCCUUCCGAUGACAAGGGUUCAUCAGAAUGCGGUAUGUCGCGCGGCUCGGCGGACGCGUCGCCCGUGUCGGGGUCGCCCCGCGCCUCUCCCCCUGUCACGCCAGGCUCGCCGCGCCGCUCGCCGCACCGCUCGCCGCGCCGCUCGCCGACUCGCUCGCCGAGACUUGAAAGAUCGGAGACGAGCUGUCCGUCGCCCGCGCCAUCUGUCGGCAGCGCGGGGUCGCGGGAAGCUGCGCCGGAGCAACGCCCGCCGCACCAUCUCUUCUCGCCCUUCGAUCAUACGGGCGCGUUCCGCUCGUCACCGGGCGGCGCCGAUUCUGCGCCUGCGCCGCCGCCGCCGCUGUUCCUGCCGCCGCACCUGUCUCACCUCUCGCAGCACCUCAACCAUCUCUCACAGCCUUUCUUCCCGCUCAAAGGUUGGGGCGCACCAUGCCCGUGUUGUCCUAAAGAAGAAGCUCGGUCCUCCAGCGUGGCGGAACUCCGACGCAAGGCGCACGAACACUCAGCAGCCCUACUACACUCGCUCGCCAGCUUCCAGUCCCGGGCUCUAUUGCCACUGCCCUUACACCUCCCCCCACUACCGCUACAGCUGCAGCAGCAGCUCUUACCAGAACAGCCUACGCACCCCGCACACGCCCACAACGCGCCCCCUGCGCAUGACCCGCCGAAACAUCUUGACUGAAGGGUGGAAUUGUCAAGAUAUUUAGGAAAAACGUUUAUUCAGCAUUCCGAUAGGUACUAACAACUUAACCCUAAGGACACGUAGUGUGAUGGUUUCUAUUGCAGAUGUUGAGCGAGCCUUUGAAGUAUAAAACUGCACUAAUUAAUUUAAUUCUGUUCAG